GGAUGUGAAAUCUAGCUUUGAUACUCAGGAAGACGUAACACAUGAAGGGCCCGAUGUAGACGCUGAUCCUGAGGAAGAAGAAAGGCAGCGACGUGCUGCAAUCGCAGCUCGUAUAGCUCGUCUUGGAGGUGCUAGGGUUGGGAUGGCGCCUCCCGCCUUUGGUAUGAGACCAGCGACUAAGAAGGUGGAAACUCCCAAGGAAGAGAUCGAGAAGGAAAUUGACUCGACAUCUUUGAAGAGCCAAGGCGUUGAUUUCUCAGCUGAUCAAGGACCUGUUGUAGAUGCAGAUCAUCUUUCACGCGAAGUUCCCGCUGAUGUGGUUCGAGAGAAUUCUGCUUCGCAUGAUAACUCGAUUUCAUCUUCAUCGCUUUCUGUCGAUCAACCUUCACCUUCACUCCAACCUGCUCGCGCUAUGCCUGUUCCUACGGGUCCUCGCAGGGCUGCGCCUCCCAGGAAGAAAGCUGUGAAGUCGCCCUCUCCACAAGAGCAAGCACACACGAUUCUCGAUAAGGAAGAGACCAGUGUUAGUCCCGCCCAGAUAUCUAAUGUCAGCGAAGAUCCUGCACAUACCCCUGCAUCGAUCAAGGAUUUACUAGGUGGUGACGUGGAGAGCGAGAUUGGUGUAGUGAAUAAGAGUGUGGAUGACCAUUAUCCCCUUUCAGAUGCCGCUCUGUCCGUUCCUCCAAGUGUCCCUGCUCAGCAGGAAGAGCAGAAGCUCGUAAUACCUGAUGAGCCACUGGCACAUUCCGAACAAACGGCAAAUCAAUCGCAUGUCACUCAUGACCUUGAUCUGGCAGAGGAGCCUACUGAUGUACCAGAGGCUACAUAUGAUACAACUGCAGAGCUUGUUUCUGAGCCUGUUUCUGCAGAGGCAGAAGAAGAUGAGGAGGAUGAAGUGGCGCGUCGCAAGCGUGUAGCUGAUAAACUUGCCCAAAUGGGAGGAUUCAACCUCUUUACUGGGCCACCUCCUGUUCCCCGCCGUGUCUCCGCCGAUUCCAUCCCUACCGAAGUUGAUGCAGACACUGAAGCACAUGAGGACGCGAAAGAUGAGCCUGAGUUGGAGGAAUCAUCAGCGCCUCCUGUCGCACCCAGGCGUGAGAGCAUCGAAAUCGAAGAAGCUCACUCCUCAUCCCCGGGAUUGGAGGGGCGUACCAGCACCCAGGAAGGAAUUGACACGGCCCAGGUUUCUUACCAGGACGCUGAUGCUGGAGAACCUGAGUUCCAUGAAGUAGGUUACGAUGUAGAAGAGGAAGCUCAGGAUGGUAAAUAUCCACAGUCUGCCUAAUCUCGUUGUAUCUUUACAGAUUUUUGCGUUAAUGUUAUUUUAUUUUUACCCAGA